AUGAGGUCGCUUUCCGUGGGUCAGUUCAAUUCCCUUUUGCACUACCUGGGUCUGCGGGUCCUCGCCUCUGCGCAACAAUAUCUUGCCACGUCAGAACCAGAGGAAACAGUAUUCCGGGAAGGUUUUGAAGCGGAGCUACAAGCUUUGGUAGUCGUCAUUUAUUGCGCCAAGAUGCGUUUUCCAGGGAUAACGCCACCUGAGUUCCUACAACGGCUUUUGCUCAUCAACUUGGAUGAGUGUUAUGGCCCACUUUGCAUUCUAGAUGGAGUGCUAGCCAGCCUUCCAGACGACAUUGACGUUUCUGCAGCGGAUGCUGGUCCAAACGCAUGGUGGGCUCCAGGUGCCUCUCCGCGACGCUUGACGAUCGAGGAGAUCAUUGAUUGCUGGAACCAGUGGCAGACAAUGGAUAGGCCGUCACCUGCUACCCACGACCCCGCGCCGGGACCGCCGGCGACCCUCGAGCGCUUGAGGAGAACGCGCGAUCUCCUCAAAAAAACUGUAGGAUUGAUCAGUGAAGAGCUCGAGUCCAGUAUGACAGAGCUCUCCGCAGCAACAGAGUGGAAGAAGUUCCUAGUGUUGGAGUUUCCAGAAAUUGCUGAUGUUAUACGAUGGAUAGAAGUGGCCACUCGGGCGUUGGAUCGCCCUCUGUCUUCCUUCUUCAUUUCCACUGAAGCUCCCACCCAAUGGUUGGCCGUCGCUCAAUGGAUUUUCGACCGCGUCCACACGGUCGUCUACGAAGCCAGUCAGCUUCCUCUUUCUAGCGAAGAAAAGGCUGUAUUUAUCCGUUACGUGCAGCAGGAGUUUAAACUCAGGCGCGCCUUUAAGAUCUUCGCUCAGGUCGCGAGCGGCUACUUGUUCCUUUGUUUGGAUGAGCUGAUUGAAAAUCGCUUCACAUGGGCUUGUUCCAGUGUUUUGCUGUAUUUCAGCACCACUGAGGACAUGCUAUUUGAUGGAACGUUGCGGGGGAUCUUUGGCCCUCCCGAAACUCCUCGUCAGGCCAACUGGUUGAAGGCCUUUCUACAACGGGAGAAACCACCCCCACCGAGAUGGCAACACCUCUUGGAGGAGUGCAAUGUCAAACGAGAAUAUCCGGAGAGGGACUGGUCUUAUCCGAGAUGCAAGGUUGCGGCAACAAGGCUUCCCCAGCAAAUCACUCAGUUCGACAAACUCAUAUUUACCCUAGAGGAAGAAUUGGCCAAAAGAAAAGAACGUGUGGCGGAGAUGAGAGCAAUUAAAGAGGCUUGGGAGAACGCUUUAUCCUAA